GACUUGUUGUACACGGAAAGGCCGAGCAGUGCGACUUUGUGGGUGUUUUCAGGUGUUUUGUUGUUUCUUCUCAUGGUUUCUCUACCUGGACCGUCUGCUUAACACUGACUGAGGAGAAUUGUCUUUGCAACGGAAGCUGCAGCAGCCCGGCUCACCGGGAGUUUGCCGGUUCUAACAUGUCUUUGCCGCCGGAGAAAGCCUCGGAGCUGAAGCAGAUCAUCCACCAGCAUCUGGCCAAGAUUGACAUCCACAGUAAGAUCCGGGAAGUGUUGGCAGAGAGCGUGCAGGAGGAGCUGGGCUCGGAUCAGCGGGCUUUGACCGAGGAGGACUUCGUACGGGCUCUGCAGCGCAGGGGAAUAGUGGAUGAGGUGAUGACAGGACUCCGGUUUUCACAGGAAAUGCCUCAGACAGAAGCUGGAGUGUCUUCAAAGCCUGCGACUCACUUUGCUGACAAAGAUGGGAUAUCAUCAAAGAAAACCAACGUUGAUCCGACAAGAAGACACCUGUAUCUGCAGGUGCUGGGGGGUAAGGCCUUUUUGGAGCACCUCCAGGAACCAGAGCCCUUACCUGGCCAAGUGUGCUCCACCUUUACCUUGUACCUGCACUUCAGGAACCAGCGCUUCCGCUCCAAGCCUGUGCCCUGCAGCUGUGAGCCGGACCUGCAGGAGGGCUUCCUACUGGAGGUGCACAGAGGGGACAGCAGCAAGAUGUUAGAUGCCACCACCUUGCUUUCCAUCAGUGACCCCGUGCAGAUGGUGCUGAUCAGAACCGACACAUCUGGAGAAACCACCCUGGUGUCCUCUUACUUCUUGGACUGGCGCUCUGUCCUCAGCGCCCCCAACGGAAAAACCAGUAUUGCUGUGGAGUUGCUGGGAGUGGGAAGUGAGUCUAAAGUUCCCGCCGGAGUCCUAAAUGUGAAAUUGGAACUGUACCCCCCUCUCGCAGAGAGACUGUCUCCAGACGUUGUGAGCACCCAGCAAUCUCUGGAGCGGAAGAAAACUGCAGAGAAAGAGAGGUUGUUUCUGGUGUACGCCAAACAGUGGUGGAGGGAGUUUCUCGAGAUCCGGCCCUCGCACCACACCAAGCUGGUCAAGAUCUUUGCACAGGAUGAGAAUGGCGUGAACCGACCCGUGUGCUCCUACGUGCACGUCCUGCGUGCCGGUCGGCUGUUGGAGAGCCCCCGACAGGCCGCCCGCUUUGUCAGCCUGCUGCCGCUGGAGAAGGCCCCCGUGGUGGGCGGAGGGGUUCGGCAGGAGCAGUGGUGCACCCUGCUUGCCUUCCUGUGCAGGAACAAAGGUGACUGCGAGGACCACGCCACCCUACUCUGCAGCCUGCUGCUGGGUUUUGGCCUGGACGCCUACGUGUGUGUGGGCACCAUGGGCAAGGGUGUCCCCCAUGCCUGGGUGAUGACCUGUGGCACUGAUGGUUCCGUGACCUUCUGGGAAAGCCUCACCGCACACAGAUACCUUCACCAGCCCAUCAAUCCAGAUGAUCCGCCCCUGGCCUCCCAGCCCAAGCCCUCAUACCCCUAUCGGACCGUGGGUUGCGUGUUCAACCAUCGUACUUUCCUGGCCAACUGCCAGCCAUCGGACGCUGUGGAGCUCUGCAUCUUUGACUUCCAGGACCAGUCGCGCUGGAAGGCCAUGAGCGAGGAGGCCCUGCGGGCUGUCUGUGCCCCGGGUUCCACCACCUCUCUGCCCCCACUGCCCCCGCUCUGUGGCCCCUCCUUGGACCCGGCCGCUGCGAGCAAUCACCUGGAGCUGGAGAUGCGCUACUUGGUAUCUGAGCACAGGAAGGACCUGAGCAUGAGCACGACAUGGGAUGACCACCUGUCCUACCUGCUGUCAGCGGCCCUGGCGGCGUACGAGCAGGAGCGCUGCACGGGUGUGUCCUGCGGUAACGAGGAGUUCCAGGACGCUGUGCGGCGGGCGGUUCCCGAUGGCCACACUUUCAAGGGCUUCCCUAUCCACUUCACUCAUCGCAACGCCCGCAGGGUCUUUGCCACCAGCCUCAGGUCUCCCUUCUGUGAAGAAAUAGUGUGCUGCCGCGGCGAUCACGUGAGGCUGGCAGUUCGUGCCCGUGUGUUUGCGUACCCCGAGUCUGCCUGUGCCGUCUGGAUCAUGUUUGCCUGCAAAUACCGCUCAGUGUUAUAGGAUUUGGAACCAAACACUCUCUUUUGCCUUAAUUUUUAAAUUUAUAUUUAAAUGUAUAUUUAAAUAUUUCUGUCUUCCGCUCUUUGUACCAUAGAACUCUAUUUUUA